AUGGGAAAAAAGUCAAAAGGCUUUGAUGAUGACGGUUAUUACAACAACAGUUCGGGACGAGGAAGCAAGUCAUCAUCUGCUGCAAAAGGUGGCGGAUUCAAUAAAAGAGGAGGUUAUCAUCGAGGAUAUAAAGCUGGAGGAUAUGGUGGAUAUUAUAAAGCCGCUACCAUGUUGGACGCUGAAUCGGGAUCCCUAGGCUUGGAUGAAGAUACUAGUUCUUUAUCGGCAAUUAAUUAUAGUAAAAAGAAAUUAUAUAAGGAGGAGCAUGAUGAUGAUGAUGGAGAGGAGGAGGAGGAGGAAACUGUGAGUGAAGAAAAGGAAGAUAAUGAUGACGAAGAAAAUAAAUCCAAGAAUGCCAAAAAUAAUUCGGAAAGUGGAAAUGAGGAAACUCUUCAGGAAGAACAUGAUGAAGAAAAUGAACAAGAAGAGAACCAAGAAGAAAAACCGAAAAGAGAAAAAAAAACAAAAAAACAAAUUCGUUUGGAAAGAUUAGCAGAGAAAAAAUUGAGAAAACAGCAACAAGAGGAAAAGGCAUCAUCGUCUCAACAUUCAGCAGCAUCGUCGGAUCAGCCCAAGAAAAAACUUACUAAUUUUCCCAUUGACCUUGCCAUGUGGGAUUUCCAGCAAUGUGACUCGAAAAGAUGUACCGGCAAAAAAUUAGAAAGAAUGAGAUUAUUGAGAAGUUUGCCAGUUUCUUGCCAUUUCAGAGGAGUCGUGCUGACACCACAAGGAAAACAAUCAGUCUCAAAGGCCGAUAGGGACGUUGUUCUUGAGCAUGGAGCAUGUGUAGUGGACUGCUCAUGGAACCAACUCGAUCAAGUGCCGUUCCACAAACUCAAAUCACCGAACAAUCGAUUAUUACCGUAUCUUGUGGCUGCAAAUCCCGUCAAUUAUGGAAGACCAUUGAAAUUGAGCUGUGCUGAAGCAUUAGCAGCGACCAUGUAUAUUUGUGGACUGAAAGAGGAAGCGAAACAAUUACUUGGAAAAUUUAAAUGGGGUCACUCAUUCAUUGAAUUGAAUUAUGAUCUAUUGGAAGCAUAUUCGAAUUGCAAUAAUAGCCUCGAAGUUGUCAAGGUGCAACAAGAGUAUUUAAAAAAGUUAGAGCAGGAAGCAUCUUUGAAAGAAAAAGGAGAUGCUUCUGGAAAGGUGGUUUCUGCUGAUGAUUUAUAUGGAGAAUAUUUCACUCAAAAUGACAAGGAAGAAGAGGAAGGAGUGGUGGAUGAUUUGGUGGAAGAUUUGGAUGAUUCCUGUUCUGAAGACGAUGAGUAA